UGAGCAAUGAAGCUUCUGCUACUAGUACUACUUGGAGCCGUGAUCACGGUGAGCUGUGCUUCUGAAGGUACAUACUCCUACAGUGACCAGGCAGCUUGGGACGGAGUCUGUGCCACUGGUAAACACCAGUCUCCAAUAGAUAUAAAUGAAGUUAAGAACACCGUUUACUACGGCUCCGGGAUGUCAUUAUUCGGUGGAUAUAAAUCAAUUAUUAUUGAAAAAGGGAGUCUAAAGACGACGAGGUUCGUCCUAACAAGCACCCCUAUAUACAAGACUAUGCCACAAAACUGGCCGGUGGGUCACACCAAAGGUCUUCAGGCCCUUCAUGUGCAAUUUCACUGGGGAAAAGGAACGGCAGGGUCGGAGCACAUGCUGAACGGCAAGCAAUUUAUCGGAGAGAUACAUGUGGUGACCAGGAACCUCGACCAGGAUGACGAGACAGCAAGCGAUUACUACGCUGUAUUCGGAUUCUUCAUGAAAGUGGUGACUGGAAAUGAGUUACCGGACAUGUUCAGUAAUUCCCUUGCAGCAAUGCUUUCAGGAAGCAGUCCUAUCCUGAAUAUGGAUGAUCUGUUUUCAAGAUAUAAUAAAGCUAUCAAGAGUGUUUUCACUUACGAGGGAAGUUUAACAACGCCUGGAUGUGAUGAGACGGUGUUCUGGCAGGUGAUGGAGGAACCCAUUUUGGUCACACAAGAUGCGUUCAACAGCCUUCGGACAUCGGGAAGUGAUAGGGUCGACGACGCGAAUAAUUUUGAGUUCAACUACCGGGAGAUUCAGGAGUUGAACGGACGACACAUCACACACCGUCUGCUGCACCAAGCGAUCACAACCCCGGCUGAUGGUGGUGACUCGGAGGAAACCCCAGCUGAUGGAGGUGACUCGGAGGAAACCUGCAAAGUUGACUGUCAUGCAGCUCAGCAGACGUGCAUGUGGACCAUGAGCGGAGCUGCAACAUCUCUUCCUUCACUCGCUCUUCUCUUCGCAGCACUUUUCUAUCUCAUGUAGACUAUCUCGUAGACAUGACAAACUAUUUUUAUCCUUAGAUACAGUAGUUCUUCACUUGUGGAAUACACUUGUGUAAUACGAAAAGACUGAGCGUUUUUUUCCCGUGAUGGACAAAUCCUGUACAUGCUCUGUUAGCUUUUAAUAUCUGUUAGCGUUUAUAUUGAUAAAAUUAGCACAAUUAGCGAUACACUAUACAGGCCCGGAGGUCGCUAUGUCAUGAGACAAUAUUAGUAUCCCGUAUUUUCUUAACUAAAUUUUAGAUCUGUUUACUUUGAAAUAGUACUCUUUAGUCGAUAGUAAUUAUAUAUUUACUUUUAACAAUAUAAAAUAUAAACAAACUUUCA